CAGUUCUUAGCUUUAUGCCGAACACCGUCACGUCAGCACCCUCAAUCAUACGUUUGUCAAGUUGCUUGCUGCUAGCCGAACACCGAAAACGCUUUACUGCGUCCCAGACCUAAUCGCGCAGACUAGCCGGCACCGCAUGCUUCCAUGCAGACCCGGAGAAAGGAGUCUCGAACCUCCGAAUCCUCCCAAGCCUCCGUCGUCAAGGCCUCCAAGCCUCAACCCGCCUUGUCCAGGCAUGGCCGAGCCAGCGGCGCAGGCUCGGCAGACGCGAGAGGGGACGGUGGAGGCGGAGGGAGUCAAGGCUCGUUGGCACAGUCAGGGAGGGAAAAGGGUGGGAGAACGGGCUUGUCAUUCCGUUCAGCCUUUUCAGUGGUACUCGUUAUGGUAACAGCGCUGUCGAUCGCGGUGUUCGCAGGCAGACGAAUAGCGAGUAGGCAUGAAGCGAGGAUACGGAAAGAGGCUGCUUUUCCUGCAGCCGUCGAAUCAGCGAGGGGUUUAACUGACGGAAACGGUCAAUUGAGCACUGAUCGUACGGAUCGCACUGAUCGCACUGAUCGCGGAGAAGCACAGAUGACAGUUGGUACCAUAAGGGGAAGUGACAGCAGAAGUAGCGGAGGUGGUUCUGGUGCUUCUUCCGAGGGUGAUGCUGACGGCGCUGCUGCUCGGGACAACGGUGAUGGUGCUGGUAGCGAGGACGCUUCUAACGAGAAUGCGUCAGAUGGCAAUUCUAACGAUGACGAACCUCCUCUAGACGUGGACAAAUACCUCUUGGAGGAAGCGAGGAAGCUUAUGGAGGGGAUGGAGCAGCAGCAGCAGGAGGAGGAGCCGGGGGAUGAAACAGACACAGAGGAGAGGGCAGACAGAGCCCGGCUGAUUGAUGGUGCUGGUGAAGCUGGUGCUGCUGGUGCAACUGUUGGUGGCAGGAUUACUGAUCCUGAUGCUGCUGCGACUGCUGCUGCUGCUGCUGCUGAUGAUGAUGCUGCAAGUGGUAACCAUGCCGGUACAUCCAAAGAUGAUGAAGAUAGUCCCAAAGUGCAGCAAAUAGAUCAAGAGCGGCGGCAGCAAGAGGAGACGGGUGAAGGGGAGCAGCAACAAGCAGGCAUCAGUUCAGCAAGAAGAGGAGGCGAGGAGGAGGAGAAAGAAGCUGAUGGUACUUUGGCAGGGGAUAGCUUGACUUUAAGCAUGCCAUCCAACAAUACAUCAAGCAAGCACGGAAAGAGAAGGCGAGGGAGAAGACAACCGCUGCCGCCCCUGUCACCCUCGUGUGACCUGUACUCGGGCCACUGGGUGAGGGAUUCCCAGCGCCACCCGCUGUAUUCGGGCGCCACCUGCCAGUUCCCUCUGCCGCACUGGACCUGCCGCCGCAAGGAGCGCCCCUCCUUCCUCUACGAGCAGUACCGCUGGCAGCCCAAGGGGUGCAGAGUGCCCAGGUUCAACCGCACGGAGUUCAAGGAACGCCUGCGCAACAAGAAGGUGGCGUUUGUGGGCGACUCAGUGGGCCUGCAGCAGUUCUUCUCCUUCCUCUGCCUCAUCUCGCCCACGCCGCGCACGCAAGAGCCGUACAUCGAGUCACGAGAUAAGGACUACAAGUUCAACUGGACCACUGGCUGGCGCGGCUGGCAGGGCUCAGCCUACCGCUUCCCUGAAACCAACACUACUGUUCUGCUCAAGUGGACCACGUCUCUGUGCCACGUGGUGCGCAAGGAUUGGGCGAACCAGUCAGUGGGGCAGGCGGCCCACCUGGACCUACCGGAUGAGUUCCUGCGGCAGUAUUUGGAGGAGAUGGAUGUGAUUAUAAUGAACACCGGGCACCACUGGAACAUCAACAAGAUGCAAGAGUACGGGUGGCACUUCCACCUGGGCGGCCUGCCCGUCCCCCCAGACACCCACAAGGAAAUGGAAGCAGACUUCAACAUCCCCAUGCGCACCGUGCUGCGGUCCACAGCCAUGUGGGUGCACCGACAGCUGCAGGCCAUAGGGGAGGAGAGGGAGAGGCGGCGGCUGGUGGGGAUGAGGGAGGGGGGGCAGCAGCAGGUAGGGGGGGGCGAGCGGCCGUUGCCGCUAGUGCUGCUGGUGACGCGGUCGCCCGCGCAUUUCAUGGACGGGCAGUGGAACACAGGAGGUGGAUGCGAUAAACUACAGAGCAUGUUGACCCAAGAGCAAGCAGACCGGUACUUCUUCCAAUCGCGGGACCUCAAUGCCGAGGCAGCAGUGGAUGGCACUUCAGUCCGCCUGCUCAACGUCACUGCGCUGUCUGCUCUGCGGCCAGAGGCGCACCUGUCGCGGUGGUACGACAAGGAUGGCAAGACGCCAGGGCAGCAAGACUGCGUGCACUGGUGCCUGCCGGGGGUGCCUGACGCGUGGAAUGAGCUGCUCUAUGUGGAGAUUGUAAGGAGCAGACGGUUCCCUUUGCCUGGGGAACGAGGAGGGGGCGGAGAGAGAGAUAGGAAAGAGCAGAUUCAAGUCAUGUAACGUCGGUUUACAAUGACAGAUGGUGGCUGUAUACAAUAUAUUUUGCCAUUAUUAUUGCAUUGCACCAGCAUUUAUGGGCCUCAGAUAUCAGGAUGUUUUAUCCUGAAUUCCUGAUUUUCAGGAUGAGUAUGAGGUGCCAGACCUGAAAAAUCCGAUUAAAUGAAUUUCUGACCCUGUAAAUUCAGUAUGGUUAUCAUAUGACAACCCUGAGAACUCAGUAUAGUGUUCGUGUACCAGCCCUGACUGCUCAGUAUGAAUUCGAGGAUAACCCUGAUACCUCGAAUCUGGCUUCAGGGGGGGCGCUACGGGUGUACCCCCUGUUUUCUGCCCAUAGUUCCAUAAUUUUCGUGCCA